AUAAAAAGCUUUCCAUUGUCUGGAGCAGCUGCUGUUUGACUCCACACGUCGGCAAACAUCCAUUCAAAGGUGGUUGAUAUUUUAUAAUUAUAGGUAAACUGAGGCCCUUCGCAGACGUGCAGCCAUGAAUCCCAAAGGGGAUAAGCCGAAGUCAAAGAUUUCGGCGUCCCGCAAGCUCUCCCUCAAAAUGUUGCUCCUCCAAAGAGCAUGUGAGGAUUUGGAGAGGGAGCGACAGGAGCGGGAGGAGGAGAAAGGGCGCUACCUGAAGGAAAAGCUGCCUCCUCUGCAACUGUCCGGUUUGUCACUGGAUGACCUCCAAAAACUGUGCAAGCAGCUUCAUGAAAAAAUUGACAUUGUGGAUGAAGAGAGGUAUGACUGCGAACAUAAAGUCAGCAAACACAACAAAGACAUCCACGAGUUGAAGCUGAAAGUCCAGGAUCUAGGAGGCAAGUUUAAAAAGCCCGCCCUCAGGAAGGUGAGGGUCUCAGCAGACGAGAUGAUGAGAGCUCUGCUGGGCUCCAAACACAAAGGCUCGAUGGACCUCAGGGCCAACCUCAAGUCUGUGAAAAAGGAAGAUGUCAAGCAGGAUAAGGUCCUUACCAGCGAAGUGGGUGACUGGCGUAAGAACGUGGAAGCCAUGUCGGGCAUGGAGGGCCGCAAGAAGAUGUUCGAUACCGGCGGCGGAGCGCAAUGAGAUGUCGAAGCCAAAACUGGACAGUCAUCGGGGAGAACAAAAGAAAAUAUGACACACUUACUCGAAGGCUAACUUUGGCAUCUUUGUUUGCUUUUUUUUUUUUUUUUUUUUUCAAUGCAACAUUUUAAGACAAGUAGCAACCCAGUAUUUAUUUUUAUUUUUGUUCUGACACUUAGUGAUCAAAGAUGAGCUAAAUAAAAAAAAACGAUCACUGUUUCCAUAUCUAUAGCUGACUUUAUCAUGUUUCACGUUCUUGGAACCCGUUAGUUUACACGAGGCACAAAGGGAGCGCGGCGAUGCUGUGAUGAAUUAUAAAAAGGACAAUGAACGAAUCAGGGAGGGGUAAAAGACAGGUGUUCCCAGAAAUGCAUCAGAUUUAAAUAGACGGCAUGAAGGCAACGUGACCUCUAUGUUUGUUGUGACUCCCUCAGCAACCAAAAGUAAGCAUUAAAAUGUAUUUGGGGAAGAUAAAAGAAAUAACGAGUUAUAGUGCAAAGCAUAAACUGCUGAUUUAUGCUUUGCUUGCAGUCCUUUGCUCCCCCUAUGCGUGUCGCCGGGUUGACGUGGCAUUUAGCACCUGGGAGUGUCAUUGGAAGCACGACAGCAGCGGCAACAGCAGCCACGCUCAUGUUCCCAGCAAAUGUAGCCUCAAUUUUGUGCCGCAUGCUGUUAGGGGCGAGUUGUGAAGCAGUCCGUCUGUGUCCAAGCAGCUGAAAAUGUUUUGUGUGCCUAGUAAAAGUAUUAAUAUACCUUAAUGAAUCUUUCCACAAUGUGACACAUAAUAAACACAAACCUUAAUCUA